AUGGCCAACGAGAAACCAAAGGAAGGGGUCAAGACCGAGAACAACGACCAUAUUAAUUUGAAUGUGGCGGGGCAGGAUGGCUCUGUGCAGUUUAAAAUUAAGAGGCAUACACCACUUAGUAAACUAAUGAACGCCUAUUGUGAACGACAGGGUUUGUCAAUGAGGCAGAUCAGAUUCCGGUUUGAUGGGCAGCCAAUCAAUGAAACAGACAAACCUGCACAGUUGGAAAUGGAGGAUGAAGAUACGAUUGAUGUGUUCCAGCAGCAGAUGGGGAGGUGUCUACUAAAAAGGGAACCUGCUACUUUACUCCAGAAUUUUGUUAUAGACCAGGAAUACAUUCGCAAUUAGAAAGCCGCAAUUUGGUCCCACCACAUCCUGGUUACUACAGUAUAGUUUUCUCUAUUCUUUCAUUUCCCUGUCCCCAUUUCUUUAUUGU